AAAAUUUGUUGCAGCUAGCGUUGUGCCAUGAUUGCGGGACUAUGAAAGUUUGAACGAUCAAGUUUGUAAUUUAUGGGACAAAAGACAGUUUGAUGCAGAAAAGAGUUACUACCAAGUCUCAUCACAAGUUGAUGUAUCACUACGGUUUUAACUACCUCUGCGUGUGUCUUUCAUUAUGGAGAGGCCCGCAAGAUAUCCAAGCAAGCACAAGGGAAAGUAUUGCGUGCUCAUUUGACGCCAGCUUAUGUGGUUGGCAACAGUCUUCAAAAGACAACUUUGAUUGGACUCUGCAGUCUGGGCUGACUCCUACUGAAGAUACUGGGCCAAGGAAUGGAGAUCACACGACCGGGGGAGGGAAAUACCUUUACACCGAAGCUGACUAUCCAAGGAAGAAAAAUGACAUUGCUCAGAUUAUUUCACCGUCUUUCUCUGGUGCUUUUUGUGUCUCGUUCUUCUAUCACAUGCAUGGAGCUGCCGUGGGUGGCUUACGGUUACUAGUUGAUGACAGAGCUGUGUUUGAAAUAAGUGGAGAGCAAGGAUCAGAUUGGAUACAAGCUCAAGUAGUCAUAAAUGGAUCAGAAAGCAAGCUAACGUUUGAAGGGAGACUGGGCACUGGGGACCAAGGAGAUCUUUCAUUGGACGAUGUAUCUGUGACAGAUGUUUGUAAUGUUUCUUCCUGCUCGGCAAUUCUAAUUCCUCAAAACGGAACUGCAAAAUGUUCUGCUGGAAGUCUAGUGGGAAGUGAUUGUAACAUAUCAUGCACUUCAGGGUAUCAUCGAACUGGCUCCUCUACAAGAAAAUGCUUGGAAUCAGGAGUCUGGUCUGGCACUCUUUCGUCCUGUGUGAGAAUUGAAAUUCGCUUGGUAGGAGGUAGUUCUUUGAUGCAAGGAAGAGUAGAAAUCGGAGUGAACGGGAUCUGGGGAUCGAUUUGCGAUGAUAAAUGGCGUUUAGACAGUGCAACUGUCGCCUGCAAAAUGCUUGGUCUUCCCAACGCGAGUGCAGCUCCCGGAGACUCCAGCUUCGGACAAGGGACUGGAAAAAUAUGGUUGGACAAGGUAAAAUGCACCGGAAAUGAGACGUCAAUCAUCGAUUGUAGGCAUUUGGGUCUGGGUGCUUCGAGCCAGUGUGGACAUCAUGAAGACGCUGGAGUGAUCUGCGGAAAUAUUACUUCUUUUGAGGUUCGACUGAUGGAUGGCAGCUCACCAAGUGAAGGCCGAGUAGAAAUUUCCGUCAAUGGAGUCUGGGGAACUGUAUGCGACGAUUACUGGAGCAUUGAAGACGCAAAUGUCGUGUGCAACAUGCUAGGACUUCCUCAGGCUACUGCAGCAACAAAGGGACGAUCAUUUGGGAGUGGCAAAGGUCCAAUAUGGAUGGAUGAUGUUCAAUGCUUUGGAAAUGAGAGUUCAUUGUUGUAUUGCAAAAGGGCAGAUCUGGGAGUGAAAAACUGUGCCCACUUAGAAGACUCGGGAGUUGUCUGUGGACCGCCGUCAGUCAAAACAAACAAUGUUGCACUGCACAUGACUGUAGAACAGUCUAAGCCAACAGAACAAGCUGAUGCAAUGUAUGCAGUUGAUGGAGUGUUCAACACAUGCAUGGUGUUUAAUGAGGCAGUCAACGAUUGGCUCCGAGUGGAUUUAUCCAAAAUCUUCUUCAUACAUACUGUGCACGUCUUUCUUGGCUUAAAGAGUUUUGGAAACGUGUCUGUGGACAUCGAAAUUGAAACUAGUAGAAAUCAUCCUGUGGAUCGUUCAUGCACAGAGGCCAGUCCUUCCCUAAGAAAACAUUUCCGUGUGUUCCGCUGUAGCCCUCCAGCCAAUGGUCGUUUUGUAAGAGCAAGCGUGACAACAGAAAACCUCAAGUUUGAGCUUUGUGAAGUUAGAGUUUUUGCAUUUGAAACUUCUCUUGAGUCUGCUGGAAUUUUGAGGGAGGUUUGGUUCGAGGGUAUUAGUACACAAGAUGAUCCUAUACUGAGGUAGCAUCCGGUAUUCAAGCAGGCCGCUGACACAUUGUCAGUGCUACAAACUUUUCACGUUGCUCCGAACUUUUCCACCAAAUAUGUGCAACGGAUGUCCACAUAUAUUCAGCCAAGAGUUAGUGGAAAUUACACUUUCUACAUAACAUGUGAAGAUGAAUGCGAACUAUGGCUCACAAAAACACAUGAACCAACACUGCAAGAUGAACAUGACAGAGACAAUGAUGGGGAAUUUCUCGCCAAGUUAACAUCAAGAACGGGAAAUCUGAUAUGGGAUGGGACUGCAAGGCAAAAAUCAAAUGAGAUAUAUCUCAGUAGCAGCAUGUUUUACCUCCUGGAGGGUUUCUCAAAAGAGUCGUACAGACGAGGGCAUCUGUCUGUGGGAUGGAGUCUUCACAACGAAACGGCCCUUUUCGAAAGGCCUCUGGCUGGAAACCAUACGACGUGGACCCUACCAGGUAAAAGGGAGCUAAUGUUCAGAGUCAAGCAGAACAUUAAAGACAUCACAGUAACUUUUGGCUCGAGUUUACAGAUUUCAG